AAACAAUGGAAGACCGCUGGGAUAGUUCAGCAUUUUUUCUAUGCUAAAAUGGCUUCUUCGUCAUUGAAAAGUACUCGUAAAACUUAUAGUUUCGAAGAACGAGAAAUUCUGAUAACCUUGAUAAAUAAAUACGAAGAUAUCGAAGAUAAAAGAUCUGAUCCAAUAUCGAUGUAUAAACGAAAAUCAGCAUGGUCUCAAUUGGCCAACGAAUACAAUUCAAUGGUAGGUCCUCAGGGAAUACGUUCAGCUGUACAACUAAGACGCUGUUGGGAAAACAUGAAAGCAUGCAAACGAAAUCGAGAAGAGAAAAAAUUGCGCAGUGUUUCAAAAGGCUUUUGCCACUUAUCCAAAGACCAUACACGGUCGAAAAAUUGGGAAAAUAGAAAUUCUAUACCGGAAGUUCCAAUAGCCACCGGAACUAUAGGUUUACCGCCAAAUGUCGUAUUUGAGCCAAAGGAAUCUGAACCGUUUACGCUGCAAUCUGUGUGCACUAUAAAACCCACGAAGCACACUUUGAAAGAGGAAAAUAAUUGUAAAGAUCCAGAUUCCAUCAGCAGUAAAAUCGAUUCGAACUCGUUAUCACACGGUACAGUAACUGACUGCUUCGACAAACCUAAGAAAGAUUUGGACUUAUCUGUGGUCGAGCAAUUAGACAAAGACGAAACGUCGGAGAAAAAUCGACUUAUUUUCAAAUCGAAUGGAACGCAAACGCUAAUUUCCCCGUCGAUUGUUCAUGAGCAAUCUCGAAGAACGAAAAGGUCCCUUCACAAAGAGGAAGAACUGUACGUAUUGGCUUUAUCAGAGGCACAGAUGAAGGUUGAUAUCGCUGCUAUGUUGAAAGAGGAGGCCAGGAUUAAAUUAGAAGAGGCUCACUAUCGAAAAGAAGAAGCUAGGCUAAGGAUGCUUCUUUUUACGUAUAAGCUCGAUAGGAUAAAGGAAGAUUGA